AUGAAUCUUUCUGAGUCGGAAGAUAUAAUAGAGGAGCGUGUUAUUAAUGAGGAAUAUAAAAUAUGGAAGCGGAAUACACCAUUUCUCUAUGACAUGCUAAUGUCUCAUGCUUUGGAAUGGCCAAGUUUAUCGGCCCAGUGGCUUCCUGUAGUUGAGACAACUGAUGAGGACUACUCGAUACAUCGCCUUAUUCUUGGUACUCACACAUCAGAUGAGCAGAAUCACCUACUCAUUGCCACAGUUCACCUUCCUAAUGACACUGCCGAAUUCGAUGCUAGUACCUAUGAGAGCGAGAAGGGGAAUUUCGGCGGAUUUUAUUUUCCAUCAGGAAAGCUAGAAAUCACCAUGAAAAUCAAUCAUGAAGGCGAAGUGAAUCGUGCUCGUUACAUGCCUCAAAAUCCGGAUAUUAUUGCAACGAAGACGCCAAGCGGAGAUGUACUUGUUUUCGAUUAUGCAAAUCACCCUGUUCGACCCUCUUCGGAACUUGGUUCCCAGCCUGAUCUCCGGUUAAAGGGCCAUCAAAAGGAGGGGUAUGGCCUGUCCUGGAAUGCGACUCACAGUGGGCAUCUACUCUCAGCGUCCGAUGACCAGACUAUUUGUCUGUGGGACAUUUCGGGAUCACCACUAAACGGUCGUUGCCUUGACGCCAUGGCCAUUUUCACCGGUCACCAUUCGGUGGUUGAGGAUGUGGCUUGGCAUCUCAUGCAUGGCCACAUUUUCGGCUCCGUUGCAGAUGACAAUAAGUUGAUGAUCUGGGACACCCGCAGUUCCUCAAGAAACAAAGCUCAGCAUCAGGUCGACGCGCAUACUGCUGAAGUCAACUGUCUGGCUUUCAAUCCAUUCUCAGAGUUCAUACUCGCUACUGGUAGUGCUGACAAGGCAUGUGGCAUUUUCAAGACUGUUGCCUUGUGGGAUCUCCGAAAUCUGCGCCUCAAACUACAUUCCUUCGAAUCACAUCGGGAUGAAAUCUUCCAGGUUCAAUGGUCGCCACAUAACGAGACAAUCCUGGCCUCAUCCGGCACGGAUCGACGACUGCACAUUUGGGACCUGAGCAAAAUCGGUGUUGAUCAAACCACUGAGGAUGCCGAAGAUGGCCCUCCUGAACUACUCUUCAUCCACGCAGGUCAUACCGCCAAGAUCUCUGACUUCACAUGGAACAUCAACGAACCUUGGGUCAUCUGUUCCGUCUCAGAGGACAAUAUCCUUCAAAUCUGGCAAAUGGCUGAGAACAUCUACAAUGACGAAGAGUUGGAUAUCGGCGGCAUGGAACUGGGCGAUCAUUGA